AUGGCGUGGGUGCGAAUGCCACUGUGCUGUGCAAUGAGGUUGUUUCUUUAGCCUGUUCUGAAAGAGACUUUUUCACCCUUCCAGCCUGAUUUAUUUUGAAAUAAGAACAAGAACUGCAGCCAAGGAUGCCCUGCACUUUUCCUCAGAUGAAGAAGUCCAAGGAGAACCGGAAAUGAAGGCUCUUGCUUUGGAUUUUUUGUUUUUUUUAAAUACUUGUUUCCUUUCAAGCACCUAUCUCUUUGUGGUAAACAAAGGGCAUCCACUUCCUGCCCCCUCCCCUCUUGCUCCCCUCUGGAGGGAAACUGGCUUUUGAAUAUCUUCUUGCUGCAGAGAACAGGCUGCCAAGCCGGGAGAGAAGUGUGCAGCAGUGCCAAGGCUGCGAGGGAGAGGAGAAGCCUGCAACACCCUGCAACUUAUAGUUUCCUAGAAGACUGUAAUAUAGCAAGAGAUUCAUGGACUGUGAGGAGUGAUUUAGAGAAAGCCCACCAGAGGCUGGGAAUUCCUCCUUACAUCUGAACAGUUCAAUGGAGACCUUGAGAGUGGAGGUGAACAUGUCUGUGGAUGAAGGGGCAGCAAAGGCCCCAGGAUUGCAGAAGGGAGAGCACAACACCCCCAACGUCAAAUUGUGGACAGAUCUGGGGGGAACAAAAGCCCCACACCUUGUAUGCAUCAAGGGGAUUGGAGAAUCACAAGCUACGGUCUAUCCACGGCAGGUGAAACAUGAACCAGAAGAGGAGCUUCAGGAAUGCUGGGAAGCCCAGUGGCAGGAGUUCCUCAAGACGUUGCAGGCCCCUCACUCAGGAUGGGGGAAUCAUCAGGUAUCAGAGGGGCUCUCCCCAUGGGAAGAUGCUAAGGCCUUCCUGGCCUCCUUUGAGCAAGUAGCCUCAGCCUGCCGGUGGCCUCGGGACAAGUGGGUGACUCUGCUCUUGCCAGCCCUCAGCGGAGAGGCCCAGCAGGCCUUCAGCAGCCUCAGUGCCCAGGACAGGGGAGACUUUUGGAAGGUGAAGGCAGCCAUCUUGCAAGGGGAGUCCACUUUGAGGGAGAAGCAGCGCCAGCACUUCAGGCAGUUCUGCUACCAGGAAGUAGAGGGGCCCAGAGGCGUUUACGGCCGGCUGAGGGAACUUUGCUGCCAGUGGCUGAGAGCGGAGAGACACACCAAGGAGGAGAUCUUGGAGUUGCUGAUCCUGGAGCAGUUCCUGACCGUCCUGCCUCAGGAUAUGGAGAGCUGGGUCAGGGAAGGCAGGCCUGAAACCUGCGCCCAGGCGGUGGCCUUGGCAGAGAAUUUCCUGUUGCAGAAGCAGAACAUGGUGAAACAGGAAGGAGAGCUUCAGAUGUCUCGACCUCAGGGGAUCAUAACGGCUGUGGAUUCCUCUGAGGCCAGCCAGGUCUUGCCCUUGGACACCUGGCAGAGGCAGGUUUGCCAGGCUACUGAACAGGCAAGAAAAGGAGUUGAUGGGCAAAUGCGCGAGAACAAGAUGAAGGAGCCUCAUCAUGGAUGUUCUGUGCAGGUGGCACCAGAAAAGCGCUCCUUAGGAAGAGGCGACAUAUUCCAGUAUCACAACGAGGCCACAAGUCUUCAGAUUUUGCGAGAGUCAGAAAAGGAGCAGGGAAAGGAUAUGACAAAGAGUUUUGCCGAAACCCUUUCUUGUUCGGAAGGGGGCUCUCAGAGGCAAGUGGCCAUAGCCCAGAAUAACACCCUGCAUGGCAAGGGAGAAAAGGCCCAGAGUGACCUCAGAGGAGACUCCAGGUGGAGCUCAGACAUUCGCAUAAUCCACCUGCUUGAGAAACCAGGGCAAUUGCAGUACCGAGUGGAAACCUUUGGUGAAAGCUCAACCCUUGUGGCAAGCGAGAGAAGCCCCCAGGGAGAGAAGACGCAUAAGUGCACCUACUGUGGGAGGAGCUUCUGUCAUAGGGCAAGUCUCGCAGCACACGAGAGAAUCCACACAGGAGCACUUGAAACCGCGGGACAUCGCCUUCAGCAGGAAAGCUCAGAACAACUGGAGCUAAGAGAGUUGAGAAGAGGCAAGGUUUCGCGUCAUGGCAAAGAGGGAGUGAGGCCUGCGGCUCAGCAGGGGAUCAGGCCAGAGAGGAACGUGAAUGGAGCUCUUCCCAGUGAAGGAGGCGACUUGGGGUGGGAAGAGGGCAACGGUCACCAGAGGCUCCACCACUGCCAUUGCGGAAGGAGCUUCAAGCACCGCUGCAACCUGAAAGCCCACGAGCGGACCCACACGGGAGAAAGGCCCCACAAGUGUUUGGACUGUGGGAGGAGCUUCGGCAAGGGUUCCACGCUCCGGGCUCACGUGAGGACUCACACCGGGGAGAAGCCGUACAUGUGCUCCACCUGCGGGAAAAGGUUCACGACCAGGUCGGGCCUCCUGACCCACGAGAGAAUCCACACAGGGGAGAGGCCCUAUAAGUGUUCGGACUGUGGGAGGAGCUUCAUCCAGAAGUCCUGCCUUCUGGCCCACGAGAUAAGCCACAAAGGAGAGAAGUCGUACAGCUGCUCUGAUUGCGGGAAGAACUUCGGGCACAGCUCAGGCCUUCGCGUGCAUCGGAGAAUUCACUUGGGAGGGAGAACCACGGAGAAGCUCUGACUGCGGUGGAACAAAUGGACAGACAAACCAUGGUUAAAGCAAAUCACGGCUGAGUGUUAAAUGUGCUAAUGCGGUGUCUCUCUGGAGCUACAAAUUUGUGUUGCUAAGGCAAAGGAGUCUUUCAGAUAUCAAUAGGUGAUGGGUGAGGACUGAGAUCUGGCAGUUGUGGAGAACGCAAAAAGCUUUGUUGAACCCGAUUUACCCCCCUGAUUCUCCCAAAUAAAACCUCGUAGUUCUUAUUUCAGCAGUAAACUGGUGUCUUGAGCUGUACCAUUUCUGACGGUAGUUGGGAGCUCAAUAUGUUCAAAUACUUCACUAUUAAAAAGAUGCAAACACCCUGCAUCUAGAAAGCUAGUGUGCCAAUGAGAAUCAUUUUAGCCCAGGCACACUAGUUUUCUAUAUGCAGGGUUGUUGUUUUUAUGCAUUCAGGAACAUGAGUCCUCCCCCUGCAAUCUGAAGUGGUACUUGCCAGAGGCAGAUUUACUCCCUUGAGGUGAACCAGACCAUAGCUGGAAUUGUAUCUCUUUUGACAAUUUUUCACAUUGUAUGGAUGCUUUUUAUUUAUUUGCCCCUGAAGAAAUCGGACACAAGAACUCCAACCCCGCCUGCAAAUAUGAAUGUAGAGGCAGAGCACUCAGCCUUCUUUGAAUUACUGCCGUAGAUAAAAUUUUAUAUGUAUUUA